UUCCAUAACGGAGCCGAGGAGGAGAGAGAGAGAGAGAGAGAGAGAGAGAGAGAGCACAACAACGCAUUAAAACGGAAUUGCCAUCAAAUCAUACAGAUAAGCCGACACUUCACGGGCCAGGAUGGGGAGGUUCUUUGAGGUGGCUCUUGUGUCCAUUCUUAUUAUAUCUCUCCUGAACACUGAAUCAACAUGGGCCAAAAAAGGCAGCAGCGGCAGCAGCAAGAAAACCUCAUCUUCCAGCAACAGGGGUGGGACACAAUCAAAACCAUCCAGCUCUCAGCCAGGAAGCUAUCCUCGACAACCACAGAGUCCCAAUCGAAACACCAAUCCAUACCCUUCUGGUGGAAGUUACCCUUAUCCUGGAACAGGCAACACUAAUCCAGGAGGAUAUCCCAGACAAAACCCAGCAAGUCAUCCAGGAACUGGCAGUAACCCCAACCAGUAUCCUGGUAGAGCCAGUCCUGGAGGUUAUCCAAACCAGAACCCUGCAGGUGGCUAUCCUGCUGCAGGAGGCUAUCCUGCUGCAGGAGGCUAUCCUGCUGCAGGUGGCUAUCCUGCUGCUGGUGGCUAUCCUGCUGCAGGAGGCUACCCCGCUGGAGGUAGCUACCCAGGAAGAAAUAAUCCAAAUCAGUAUCCAGCUGCUGGGGGCUACCCCGCAGCAGGUGGCUAUCCCAACCAAUAUCCAGGCAGAGCUGGUACUAACCAAGGAGGAUAUCCUAACCAGUACCCUGCUGCAGGAGGCUACCCAGCUGGAGGGGGUUAUCCUAACCAGUAUCCAGGAAGAAAUUACCCAAAUCAGUAUCCAGCUGCUGGGGGCUACCCAGUCAGAGGGGGGAACACAGGAUAUGGUUGGGGUGCAAAUCCAGGGGGUUACCCCGGUGGAGCAGUUGGAGGUUACCCCAACUGGAACCCAAAUAAUAAGAUCCUCAGUCCCCGUUUUGGUGGAGGAGGCUAUGGAUAUGGUGGUUAUGGGAUGGGAGGGUCUCCUUUCUCUCGUUCUGUGCAGGGUAUGGGAUACAAGCCCAAGUCAACAGGUUUUGCCAAAAAAGCCAUGGUGGCAGCUGGUGUUGGUGCUUUGGCUGGAAUGGCGGUUGGAUAUGGACUAGGGCGCUUCCCUCGACCCCAUUUCAGUUUCCGCAACCCUGAAGAGGAGUACUACUACAACAACUACAUGUACCGGCGUUAUGGCUCCCACUCUACUGAUGAAAAAGAUUUUGGCCGUGAUUAUGUCUACCAGCCUCCACCACGAGCAGAGACUUACGAGAAUUUUAUGGGUCGCUGUAUGAACCAGACUGAUCUUCUGAAAGAUCAGGGCAGCAGCUCCCCCACUCCCAAGAAUGUAGGUGAUGAGCAGGAUGAUGACACAGUAAGCAUUGAAGAGAUUGGAUACCCGGCACUGAUUGAGCAAGUGAAGGUCCGGCGCUGUGUUGAAAAGUACAUGGUUUAUUCUGAACGCUUCCUCCAAGAACGAAAACCAGAGCAACAGUCACAGCCCAGUCGCAGCAGCCCUCUGAGCUACGGAGUGAUUCAACUGUUCACCUCCCUCCUCAUGCUGCUGUCCAGCACGCUCUUGCUCCAGUGAGAACCAUUAGCCUUCCUUUCCCCGUACCCCAAAUGGAUUCCUACUUUCUCAAUUGCAGCUGCAUGUCCACUGUCUGCUAAUGUAUAUUAUUGCCACAUUACAAACCAUAGCUGUAUACAUACUAACAAGCUCUUUGAGUCAUAUUUCGUCAAACUAUCUAGUAUCUCUGCAUAAAACUAGCAAAACGUAACAAAAUGUUGACGUGUAUAUUUUUGCACUCUCUUAUUUUGCACUCCAAGCAUUGAAUGCAUAGAAAAGAGUUACAGGACAUUUAAAUUCAGUUCUUGUGACAAUUUAUUACAACAAUAUAUCUGCUACUGUGUUAAAUGGGAAUGUGUCAUUAAGAGUUUUAUAUAUGUACAGAUCGUCCCUUCAUCCUUUCAUCUGCACUGGACAAUUAAAGAGACUGAUUAUUCAGUGGGUUAAAUAUGCUUGAUCAAAGGGGAAUUUUCAUUAGAUAUUGAUUAAAAAAAAGUCAGGGUCCCACUAUUAAAUUUGGAUACAUGUAAACAUCAGUAAACAGGGUUUCGGCAGUGCAAUUAAAGAUCUUCAACUUUGACUGAUUUUAAAAGUGGGCUUUCAAAGAGAAACAGUGCUAAAUGUGAUGUAAUUUGGCAGUGGGAACAAAAUUAGAGAUAAUUCCAAAAUGUGCUUUGCCGGCAGUUUUCUCAUCAUGAAAAAUGGCUCUUUGAUAAUUGAGGUCAUCCACUGGGAGUGAAAAAAAUUAGGCCCACUCCUUCUCAGGUAUAUGAUACUCACACUUUGUUUGUUGUUCAGCUGCCUGUAAAAUCACAGAUUUUGUCUCACAUCUCUUGUCAGAAAGGACUUCAAUUCACUAACUCUUCUAUAUCGCCAUACCUUAACCUUACUCAUUACGUGCUGUCUCUUCAUGUCCACAGUUGGACUAGAUUAACAGGGGAAGCGCUGGCACUGGCUUAAGUUGCUGGAGCUACAGAGGGUGCUGAUUUACUGUCACAUUGUAAAUGAAUUUUGCUGUCUUAGUCAGGACCAUUGUUCCAAUAUCUUGUGCCAAACUUGGUUUCAUGUUCAGGUUUCCAAGUGUACUCUAACUUUCCAGAGACACUCAGACUUUACGGACUUUCCAGACCCUAGCUGGUCAGUCCAUCCCUGCAACCUCCUAUCAUCGUCUUCCUGUGGCACAGUGAGAUAGUCAUAUUGGUGGGUCUGUAAAUACCUCUGUUUGCAUUUCCUAAGCUCUAACCUCCCCUGUCAUGAUGUGUCUGUCCAGUAAUAGCUUUGAAAAUUUCCUCUCCUUUUUGACAGUUGUGUUUAGUGAAUUUAUUUGUACUUUUAUUUGUUUGUUUCUGUGGUUCUUUUACUAUUCCAGCUCGUUGCCGUUUAACUGACAAUUUUCAUUCUUUCCUUCCCCUCAAGUUUUGUAAAGCACUUUGUUGAUGUGCUUUGAAAAUGCUACAUAAUUUGAGUUUGCAGUCAGUAAUGCUUUUUUUUUCAGGGGAUUUCACCCAAGUAAAUAUUCACUUUAAGGGAAACAAAAUGCUGUUUAUGUUAGUCUGCUGUUUGGACCAAGUACUGGUGUAUUCAGUUAAUACUGUAUUUUAUAGAGUUCUUGGUAAAUCUACACACACAAUAUUUAGUGUGUAAUAACUUUUGUCUUAAACCAAAAUGAGUAGUGGUAAUGUCAAGUCAAAUGUGGUAAUCUCCAAAUACUUGCAAAACACACUCUACUAUACUUACAGAACUGAUCGUAUGCACCCUUUUAUUGUGCAGUACUACUUAACAUUUGUUUUAUUUUUAAAACCUCCCAGUUAAUUGGUUUUCAGACUCCACCCAAUGUUUUUCCUUUUUUUGUUCAUUCUGGUAAAACAAUGUAAAAAUUUCAGCUGAUUUGAAAAAAGAAAAAAGAAUUUUACAUUUUCAUACCAUCUGGGCUGUAGAAUAUCUGUAAAGUGCACUUAUUUCCCCUGUAGGACUGGAUAUUCUGUAACUGCAUAACUUAGCUUACACUGGGAGUAUAGAUGUGUAAAUGAUCUGGUUUGCACAAUUGUAAACACUCAUAAAAUAUUAAGACUAAUAUGACUUAAUAUGGUUUGUCAUGGAUGUUUAUGUAUUAAAUAAAAUAAAUU